AUGUCGCCUACUCCACCAUCUACCUCCUCGAGCGUUGGCGCCGUUUCGCCGGAAGGUCAGUUUAGAGUCAUCCGAAAGCGAAACAGGGUGCCACUUUCUUGCGGCCCCUGCCGGCAUAGAAAAUUGAAAUGUAACCGCGCCCACCCAUGCGAGAACUGCGUAAAGCGAGGCGAUGCUUCUUCCUGUACCUAUGCUCAAGCAAAUGCGCGAAGGAAGAACGCGACACAGAACUCGGCCUCAAGUUCCCCAGACGAUAUGCAGAACAGAAUAGACCGACUCGAGAGCUUGGUACUGUCCCUGAUGACCAACGGAUCGCAGUCUGCAGGCCCGGCAGCGGCAAUGGCAGCAAUUUCCGGAACCAGCAGUAGUGUGGGCUCCCUCAAUCACGGUCACGAAAUCGAUGUGGACGAAGAGACAUCAAAUGCUCCGGAGGAGAGCGAUACGGAGCAAGUCACCAAGUCAUUUGGUAUCAUGAAAGUCGACAACAAUAAAUCAUACUAUAUCAGCGAUGCGCACUGGGCUUCCGUCCUCAACGAUAUCGCCGAAGUUCGUAAUUACUUCCAAACACACAAGAAGCAGUAUGAGGAGCAAGCCGAGAAGAUCAAGACAACCAAGUUGCCGACCGAUGUUCCGGGCUCCACGCUGCUUCUUGGAGCCAUGAAGCCUGCCAGCCGCGCAGAGAUUAUGUCUUCCUUUCCCUCGAGGUACACAACAGAUAUGCUUAUUGCUCGCUAUUUCAAUAGCUAUGAUCCAGCGACUCAUAUUCUUCACGGUCCGACGUUUCAAGCUCAGGUAAGCAUGGUUGUUCUCCUGCAGACCGAUAUUCAUUCUGACUUCCUCUCCCAGUAUAACAAACAUUGGGAAGAUCCUUCUCAAACCUGCAUUGUCUGGGUGGGCAUGCUGUUCGCCAUGAUGCGACUGGCUAUGCUGUCAUAUAACCAAGAAGGGGACGAGCCACCCGAGUUUCGAGGAAAAUCUUUGGACAUGGCUGGAACUUUUCGAAAUCUAGUCGCUCAAUGUCUGACUCUGGCCGAUUAUACCAAACCUUAUCCCUACCUGAUCGAGACAUUCAUCUUUCAUCUUCAUGGUGACUUUCGUCAAACGAAGGAAGCAGAUGUUUCUGUCUGGGUGCUUGUAGGUGUCGUCGCAAGGCUAGCGAUGAGAAUGGGAUAUCACCGGGACUCAAAAGUUUUCCCCAACAUUACCCCCUUUCAAGGUGAGAUGCGCCGACGCGUAUGGACUUUCGUGCGGCAAUCCGACUUGCUCUUUUCGUUUCAGGUUGGGCUGCCCAGCAUGAUUCGCACUGUGGAUAGUGAUACGGAGCUUCCGCGGAAUCUAUAUGAUGAUGAUUUCGAUGAAAAUUGCAAGGAACUGCCUCUCUCACGACCGGCGAAUGAACCGACACCUAUCUCGUACCUCAUCGCCAAAGCCCGUCUGGCGUACGUAUUUGGCCGAGUCAGCGAGCUCGCCUCUAGCGUGCAAAGUGAAUCUUAUGACAAGGUGAUGGAGUUGGAUGCUGAGCUUCGCCGAGCUCGGGACUUGAUUCCGGAGCAUCUUGUCAUUCGUCCUAUUGAGGAGUGUCAGUUGGACCCGUCCAAUCUUAUUAUGUCGCGCUUCGGUAUAAUGAGCGUCUAUCAUAAAGCGCAGUGUGUUCUCCACCGGCCUUAUAUCGUUCUAGCACGUGGAAAUCCCCGAUUCACAUACUCACGCAAGACUUGCAUCGAUUCAGCCCUGGAGCUGCUGCGGUUUCAGUCAAUGCUACACGCAGAGACAAGGCCGACGGGACGUUUGCGCACAAGACAGAAUCGCGUAAAUUCCCUCAGCUCCAAUGAUUUCUUGCUCGCUGCAACUAUUGUCUGCUUUGACCUGUAUCAUGGACUCAAAUUGCAAGCCGGUGGAAGAGAUUCCGGCGACACCUUUGCGUGGGGCAGGGAGCGACGACAGGAGAUGAUCAUGGCAUUGCAACGUUCUCUAGAGAUUUGGGAUGAACUUCGUGACGAGUCACUUGAAGCUUGGAAAGCCGCUGGCAUUCUCGAAGUGAUGCUUGGCAAACUGAAUUUAGGGUUUCCGGAAAGUAAUGCUACUGCGCCGGCCUUCGAACCUCAGGAUGAGAAGCAAAGCGCCGCAAUGACCUUGGGAUUGUUGAGCAGUGGACUGAGCGCCGUAAACUCAGGAUCCCCCGCAUUUAACGAAACUGGUUUCAAAGUGUCAGAAACGCCUUCUGCCCCGGGGCAAUUUGGAUCCACAGCAGAGGUGCCCGGAGCUGUGUCCCCGUUCAGCACAAUGUUUGGACAAAUGCCUGAUAUGCAGCUGAACUUGGAUUGGGAGGCUUGGGACACUUAUAUUCAGAGCAUUGCUUUCGGCGAGCAGCCAGUCGCCUCCUGUCUCUGCCGGUCUCUGCGCCGGCAUGGUCAUCCCGGGCCCUCGCACCUCGCGUCCCUCUACCCCGACAACUCCGCCAGCCGGGAUCCGACGAGCUCGUCAGAGGACGAGAAUCAUGAUCCUUCGGACAUCAUUGCGGUGGAGUCUGAUGUUCGCGAUGCGGAGCCACUGAUAAGGAGGAGGCGGCUCCGACUCCUGGAGACUUCCCCCGCGCCUAAAGAGACAAUCUAUGUUGGAAAUAUCUUCUACGAUGUGACAGCCGAAGAUUUGAAGAAACACAUGCAGCAGUUUGGUGUUGUGGAGAGAGUCAAUGUCAUUACUGAUAACCGGGGAAUGAGCAGAGGGUUUGCGUACGUGCAGUUUGACACUGUCGAUGCCGCCAGACGUGCCAUCGAGGGUAUGCAUUUGCAAAUCUAUGAGGGCCGUCGUGUAACCGCACAGUAUGCGACUAGCAAUGCGGACGGAGUCAAGCCCGUGCAGCCCGUUUCGAAGACGUUGUAUCUCGGCAACCUGUCGUUUGAGAUGACCGAUCGGGAUCUGAACGAUCUCUUCAAGGACAUCCACAAUGUGAUUGAUGUUCGGGUAUCGAUUGAUCGACGAUCAGGACAACCCCGUGGCUUCGCUCAUGCAGAAUUCCUCGAUAUUGAGAGUGCCCAGAAGGCUUUCGAGAUUCUCAGCCGGAAGGCACCUUACGGUCGACAAAUUCGCGUGGACUACAGUCAUACCAACCGGAGGGCUGAUCGUAUCGAGGAGGUUACGGGUGAACAUUAA